AUGCAAACCGUCCAACCGCAUCCCGCCCGCCAACCUCCAGCUCGGUUUGCCCGCAAAUAUGGCCCAACCUUCAAUACUUUUGAUCACCUCGCCAACAUCAGCCUAUGCAGCCAGGAGCUUGGCCCAAUUCAUAUUGACUGUCGGUUCCGUCAUUCAAAGACCCAAUUAGGCGUGCUAGGCCCAGCGGAGAACCAGGCCGGGAUCCUCUACGUGGACUUUGCUUUCAGUCAGCCUAAAGACUGUCACCUAACAAGCGCGGUGAUAUGGAUCAGCCUAGAAGAGGAAGAAGAGGAAGAAAAACAGCAGAGCAGAAGACAUGGGCCAAGAGAGCGAAUAAAGCCAGCGACAAUAUCGAAAUCCUCCCAGAAUACCAACCCACAGCUCGUACUGGUUGAGCCGCGCUUGGGCAAAUCCCGCUUUCUCCAACUCACGCAUGACUUUGGUCCUCGGCAGCUUGAAGGGAAGCCCACAAAUGUGACAACCAAGAAUGUCAUGCAUCUGACCCCUGAGCUUAACGUCCUUGGGAACGGUGGUGGCGGGCUAGGCUGCGAUCGCGAACAGACAUUCACUCAGAGCAGUCGCUGGACUUUUACGGGAAAUCUACUUCCAGGCUCCAGAUUCAUCCUCAGACCUCAGAAUGACAAUGGCACAAGAGCAAUGGUGUACCGUACGCUGAAAUGGGAGCUCUCGGGAGAUGAUUUUUCACGACAGUCGACACACAGCAACGUGAUCCAGACUGCUUUCACAUUGGAACACGACAUGGAUCCGUUUUAUAUUCGAGUUGAAAUUCAGGGCAAAUUGAAAAAGGGUUCUGGCAGGUUCAAAAGCAACGUGAAGCAGCUGUUGAGAUUCCCCAGGCAAUCCCAACAGAAAGAUGCCAAGUCACUGAUACUGGUAUUUCCUGACAAAGACAAGAAGCCUAUAAGGCGACUUGAUCCUAUUGUCAAGGGAUUGCCAUUACAAAUGGAACGAUUGAACUUUGAAGGUCUACGGGUGCAGCUCCCUGAUUCGCUUCCCGUAUCCUUUCGGGACUCUUCCCAAGCUGUACAAGACUCAAAUGCAGAAAAACAAGCAGCAAUGAAGAAGGACCGCACAGACCCUGUCGUCUACACCGAAAGUCAAAAGCCAAACCUUCCGAAAAACAAACCACUAGAAAGAUUGCCCUCUCCUAUCAUUCGACGGCCCAGCACACUUCCCCCCACCACACUACCCAUCACACAAUUUAUCCCAUACAGGCCACAACCAAAGGAAGAACCCCGGGCAGUGGCUCACGAUUACCUUCUCGUAUCUCCGAAGCCCGAACAGACAGAGAACCACCACAAUGAUCUUCAAUAUUCAAUGCACCAAACGCAAAUCAGAUGCAGGACGGAAGGAAAAUCAAUGCUAGCUACAUCGGAUACUCCACUGCCCAAGCCAGUGCCAAACAGUCCACGGGUCGUUUUGAGAGAAACUCCACCAGACAAGGACUUGGGAAAGUUGGCUGUUCAGCUCGCUCAAUUUCCAGUCUUGAUUCUCAUUCUAGAAUGUCACAGCACGAAGAAAUCAUCUCAAAGCGUCUUGAUCCUCGAGUCGGGUAAUAUGGCGGUUCAGAUUCCAUAUUGUCGUUGA